UUCAGUUUUCCAUUUUCAGAUUCUCUGGGGACGAGAGAGCAUUAAGCUAAACUCCAACCCUAGUGCGGCGAUGGAGAAGCGCGUCGUAACAGUAGGCGGGAAAGGUUCAUCCCUGUCCUCAUCUUCCGUUGCUGAGAUCUCAUGUGGCCUUGCUCGUGUGAAUAUUGAUUCUUCUGCUCCUUCCGUAGCUGCUAACUCUAAAACGUCGUCGUCGUCACCCGCCGCCGCCAAAUUCCAUUUCCAGAUUCCCGGCGACUUGUUAUCGGCCACUGAGGUCCGAGCUUCAACGUUAGUAUUUCUGAACAAGCUAUUGCUUACUUCCUCUUCAUCUGUUGCGGCUGCAGGUCAGCUCUCCGAGAUCCUCAAUAGUGAAAGUAGUGAUGCUAAUAAUAUUUCUAUUGACGGUAUUGCCCCGGCGAUUCUCCCGUCCCUCGAUUUUCCAUUGUCCGUACUAGUUGGUGUUUCCGCCCUCGCCGACCACCGCUGUUCGGCUUUGUCAUUGAUUUCCGAUGCUGUUGCUGCUCUGUCCUGCGAGGCCUUGAAGGCCGACGUAUCCGCUUUCGAUUUGAUCGACUCAGGGGAUGGUUCCACUGCCAAGGAUGACGUUUCGGUGGCUGCUGCCAUUAAGGUCUUCCUCAACGGCUCUAAAAUGGUGGGCGGAAGUCCGCUCGAACCUUCAGUUUAUGAUAUUCCUGAGGUUCACGGCCACUUCAAGGAGAUUUGCCGCCUCCUGCACUCCAGGACUAGGACUCAGCUCAAUUCUGCCUUCAGAGCUAGCUCCUCCGCGGCUGCCAAGGUUUCAUCUUCCACUUUGUUGGAUUUGGCGGUAGCACUGUUGCGUGUGGGAGAAAUCAGUUCCCGCAGGGCCCAGCUUAUUUUGGAUUCUGGAAUGGAUUCUGAGGAGUUGCUUAGGACGCUCAAAGCCAAGUCUCCCGCCCAUGAUUUGCAGGCACAUUUUGCAUCUUUGCUAUCUUCAUUCACCAACCAAAAUUAUAUUCAGUUUGCCCAUGGCUUCAAUUCUUUGUUGGCGAUGGUGGAGAAUAUAGUACGUUCAGAGGCAAUGACUGCAUUUUUUGGGCUUGUGGGAAGUGACCUAAUAGAAGAUACUCAAGGCAGUGCCACCAUAGAAGUUAACAAUGUGAAAAAGAACAAGAAGAAAAAGAAGGUUUUGGGGAAAGGUACUACUGCUUUAGUGCAGUUCCUCAAGGAUCAGAUGCUGAGCAUUGCAACUGAGGCUGAUGCUACCCCUUGGGAAGGUUACACUAACAGAUUUUUGUCGCAAUGGGACCCCAGUAACUUGGGUGUUGAUAUUCUGCUAAAGAAAGUAAAAGAGAUUGUGGAAAGUAAUGAAAGCCGCAGGCUUCCUAAAAUCCCAAAGGGUACUCGUGAUUUUGCUAAGGAACAAAUGGCCAUAAGAGAAAAGGCUUUUUCAGUAAUAGUUGAGGUUUUUGAGAGGCACGGUGCUACUGCUUUGGAUACCCCUGUUUUUGAAUUGAGAGAAACAUUAAUGGGAAAAUAUGGAGAAGACUCAAAGUUGAUUUAUGACCUUGCUGAUCAGGGUGGUGAACUUUGCUCUCUUCGUUAUGAUCUCACAGUACCAUUUGCUAGAUAUGCGGCAAUGAAUGGUAUUACAUCAUUCAAAAGGUAUCAGAUAGCUAAGGUGUACAGAAGAGACAACCCCUCCAAGGGAAGAUACCGUGAAUUCUACCAAUGUGAUUUUGAUAUAGCUGGUCAGUUUGAAAAGAUGGGCCCUGAUUUUGAGGUCGUCAGAAUUUUAACUGAGUUGCUAAAUGAGCUUGAUAUAGGGGAUUAUGAGGUGAAGCUGAACCACCGGAGAUUACUUGAUGGGAUGUUGGCCAUAUGUGGGGUGCCACAAGAGAAAUUCAGAACUAUCUGUUCUAGCAUUGACAAGCUAGAUAAACAAUCUUUUGAGCAGAUUAAAAAAGAAAUGGUGGGUGAGAAAGGUUUGAGUGAAGAGGCAGCUGACAAAAUUGGCACAUUUGUCAAAGAAAGAGGAUCUCCUUUGGAAUUGCUACAGAAGCUUAAACAGGAAGGUAGUGAAUUCUUGGAGAACAGUGAAUCUGUACUUGCAUUAGAUGAGUUGGAGAUUUUGUUUAAAGCCCUUGAUAAGUCCAAAUGCAUCAAUAAAGUUGUGUUUGACUUGAGCCUUGCAAGAGGUCUCGAUUACUAUACUGGAGUCAUAUUUGAAGCUGUUUUCAAAGGGGCUACACAGGUUGGUUCAAUCGCUGCUGGUGGACGUUAUGACAAUCUCAUAGGAAUGUUUGGGACAAAGCAGGUUCCUGCAGUUGGGAUUAGCCUGGGAAUUGAGAGAGUAUUUAAUAUAAUGGAGCAACUCCAUAAAGACAAGGAGGUCCGGGCAAGCAAAACUCAAGUUCUUGUUAGCAUUCUGGGUGAUGACCUUAAUUUAGCAUCUGAAAUAGCCAGUGAACUGUGGGAUGCAAAACUGAAAGCCGAGUUCCUGGUGAACAAAAGGGUGACAAAGCACUUUGAUCGAGCCAAAGAGGCAAAGAUUCCUUGGAUAGUAAUCGUUGGCGAGCGUGAACUCAGUGAAGGAAUUGUUAAACUAAAGGAUGUCAGCGCAGCUAAAGAAUACCCAGUCCCUAGAAAUAAUCUCGUAGAGGAGCUUCGCAACCGGCUUAACGACACUAAAUGUUAGGUUUGGAGUAGAUUUUGAGUUUGCACGUACUCAAUUUUAAGUUAAGGUCUUCACUCACUCAUAUCUUGUUAAUUUCAUAUCCUUCUCCAGUUCUCCUAUAUGAAAGAAAAAGGAAACAAAUUAUUAUUCUUUUUUCCCUGGAUUCAUGUGUGUAGUAUCUCUCAUUUUUGUCAGGAUGUUGGGAUAUUGUAUUAAAAAAAUUACCUUAUUGUUCAUAACUA